AUGGCGUUUCAAAUAUCGAUCGGUGAUAUUUUGAUGUUAUGCAAUCUCGCCUGGAGCAUCUCGCAGGCAUUCACUUCGGGUAGGAAGUCAGCGCCCGCGGAGUUUCAGGAAGUGCAGAAUCAACUCAACUCGCUCUCCCAUGCACUGGACUCUUUGAAGUCACUGUCUCCACAGCAUUCCAGAGAGGAUAACGCGGACUCUGGUAAUAGUAUUACACCCAUCCUGCAGAACUGCCGCUUCACGCUUGAACAUCUCGAAACGCUCGUAAGCAAGUACAUGGUCAUAGAGGAUCAAGGCGAUGCAGGUGAAUCACAGAAGAAACGAUGGCGUGAGGAGAUCCGGAAGAACUGGAAGAAGGUGCGAUGGACAAGGGAAGGAGGCGAUCUGGCGAGGCUGCAGCAUAAUCUCGGAGUUCAUAUUAACAGCUUAAAUCUUAUGAUUGCAGUAAUGAACAGCGAAACAAACCAGAGGAUAGGCCAUCAUGUAGAAGACGCUCAUAGAAUGCUCCGAGAAAUCUAUAUCUGGUUCACGAGCAAUCUGAACGGCCGGACGAUGAGCUUCCAUAAAUUUUCUCCAGAACCACAGGAAAAGCCAUUGGAGUUGACUUUUUCGUUGCAUCCGGAGAAUCCUGAGACCUAUGACACGGUACCUAUAUGUGAUAACGCUUCCUUCAAUCCCGAAUGGCUCGAGACUUCGAAUAAGCCAGUCUUCAAGUGUAAUUGUCAACUGCGACGAACCAUGUACGGGGACAUCCAUGAUGGAGAGUUGGCACAAUACUUCUUAUCUCCUAUGAGCCUGAUUGUCUGCCUAAAUGGGGACCCCAAAUCUUGGAAGAUAUGGCUUUCCUCUAGCAGAACUUCUCGGCUCACGUCCUUAAUAUUGCGAAAUAUAACCCCAUCGAAACUAGCUGCAUUCGAAAACACGAUAUCCGAGCUCGCAACCAUCGCCGCUAGCUCAGCAAUCCAUCGAGCAAUGGGCUCAUUAAUGGUGUUUCCGUCCAUCAACCCAUAUACACACCUCCCAGUGAUCUCAGUCCUGAAUAUGCUUUGUCGAAGUGACACACAUCGGUUAUAUAAGAGCAUAGGAAAUGUGAAGAUGACAGCCAAUGGACAUAGCUACUCUACUGGUCCUAUUGAAACAGUACAGUUGGUCCACUAUCGGAAUCUGACUGGUGAAGGAGGGUGGUUAUUUAGUGAAACUGCUGGUGUUAUAUUGAAUACCAGUUCGAAUAUGCAAAACAUGGACUUAGUAGAGGAUGAUAUAUCGGAAUUUACUCUUAUUGUGGAUGAUCAUACAGAUAUCACACGCGGCGAAAAUGCAUCACACGUCCUUAUUUCUCGGACGGACUGCAUCUCUAGAACUAAGGAUGGCCGGGAUAAUAUGGUAAAAAGAGUAUACGUGGAGAUAGAGCUUCUAGAUGGGGAUUCAACAUAUCUUGUUCAACAGCUAAGGCAUUUGCAGGAGGGGUUACUCCUGCUCAAAGUUCAACAGAUCCAACGAUAUGAGAAGCCCAUAUUCGAGCUAACAUUAACGGCUCUCGGCAGAGGCCUUGGGCUUUUAAUGGUUUACGACUACCACUUACCAGAUGCGACUUUGAAGCUUGUUAUAAACUUGAAGACAAAGGAUUAUCGUCUGCUCUUUUCAAAUGCAUCGAGAUCCAUUUGCCUGAGUAUUGAGAUGUCAUUAAAAUUGUUGCAACAAACUGCCGGGACAAGCGAUUUGUAUCUCCCCAUUGACAAUCUUUGUUGGGUUGCGGAAAGCAACUUGGAUGGGGCGCAUGUAUACCAGCAACGAAGCAUAUCAAGCCUGACAUGCGCGGAUACACAUAAUAUUCCAUUCCCAGCAACUGCUUACAUUGAUGUUACAGUCGGUGGCGAGGGGUGA